UAAAAUAACGCAUACUACAGUAGUUUCAGGCAAGCUUUGUUUACAUGUUGCCUGAUACACUUCGUUGAGUUCAAAUACAUCUAUUUUGUUCGUCGUAGUGCUAAUAUUUGGAGAUGGCUUCAGGCUACCGAAAACCCAACACCAAUUCCAACCAGAGGAAAAAGGCAUGUCCUAAACCAGACUUGACAGAGGAACAAAAGCAGGAGAUCAGAGAGGCCUUUGACUUGUUUGAUACAGAUGGCUCAGGAACAAUUGACGUGAAGGAACUCAAGGUUGCCAUUCGUGCCCUUGGCUUUGAACCAAAGAAAGAAGAAAUCAAGAAGAUGAUAGCAGACAUCAACAAGGAGGGCACUGGGACCAUUGAUUUUAAUGACUUUCUCUGUAUGAUGACACAGAAAAUGAGUGAAAAAGACUCAAAAGAAGAAAUCCUGAAGGCUUUCCGCUUAUUUGAUGAUGACGGCACAGGAAAAAUUUCCUUCAAAAAUCUCAAGAGAGUUGCCAAGGAGCUAGGUGAAAACCUGACAGAUGAGGAAUUGCAGGAAAUGAUUGACGAAGCAGACCGAGAUGGAGAUGGAGAGAUCAACGAGCAGGAAUUUCUAAGGAUAAUGAAGAAGACAAGUCUAUAUUGAAUGUCUUAUGUUUCCCAACGUUUAUCUUCCACUGCUGGAACAGUCUCACUUAGAUGCCUUCUGAUUGUUUUAAGGGUACUUUAUGAAAUAGCGUUUAAGUGGCUUUUUUUUAUAUGGCUUGUAAAUUUAACAGAUCUAUACACAGAUUUUUGAAUAUUUUAGAUGUUUUUGUUUAUAUUUAAUAUUUUACUUAUGUUGACUAUUUUAAUUAAAUCAUACUUCAAGUCUAA